CAUAUCAUGUACAUCAGUGAGAAGUCGUUUUCGCAAAGCCAUUCCGCAGAACUCAUCUUCUUCUUUUGGAUAGGGAUUUUGAAACCAUUUUCAAAUCCAAAAAGUUUCAGCAUCUUAUCGAUGCAACAUCUGCUUCUCCCUCUGUCAUCGCGAGAGAAAUACCAUUUUUAUCCCUUCACUCUCUUCAAAUCCUCUCUAAUUUGAGUAAAUUUUCACAUGCCUUUAGAUAAAGAAAAACCCAAUUUUAAAGAAUACCCAUUUUAAUCAUUCAUUAUCUGUUGAUUUUGCAGGUUUGGUCAAUACAUUCAGAUUGGAUUUCCCUCCAAAGGGAUAAGAUUGUAUCAAGAGGAGGAAGAAGAUGACCGAGAUUCAAGGAUUUGGAGGAAAUAAAGCUACUUAUGGAAGAACUGAAGAAGAUUUUGGUGUUUUUCGAAAAAAAGAACCUAUGAGUGGCCAUGAAGUUGUUCUCAAGAUGAUUCAUAUGUUGACAUCUAUAUCAGUACAAUUGAACUGGACUUUGUUUGAACUAAAAGGCAACAAGAAUGUAUUGGGGGAGUUUCACAGUGGCUUUAUGAACAAUAGAGAAAGAAAUGGUUCUACUAACCGAACUUAAUUCAAGGUUUUUCAUUUUACUUGAGAAGAGACUUUUGGUUGUGGAAAAAGGCCUUGCUACACCACUGCUACAAAUAUUAGCUACAACUGCAGAAGUGAGAGAUGAUGGAGUUUGAAUGGUCACAUUUAGGUAAGUUGAACUUUUUUUGGCUUUGUCAGUUUAUGUUAACCUCAAACAGUCACAAAGAUGAACAUUUGAAUUCACAUGGUUCAAGAAAACUCAUUGAUUGAAAUGCUAUAUUGUUUUUGAUAUGUUGAAUUAGAAUUUUUAUAAUCUGGUUUUCUUGCUUUUUAUAAUAUAUUUGUUCUGUUAUGCUCCUUUCACUUGAAAAAAUGUCUUAACUUAUGAAUGAGACUGAUUUUCUUAAGGUUUUAGUAAUUUCUAAGUUCCCCCCUGUUUUGAUUUAUUUUAUGAAGGCUAACAUAAAGGUUAACCAAAAACCCUUCUCUACAACAUUUGCACUUCCUUCCUUCCGUGCCUUUGUUUUUUCAGAGUUUUUGAUUUCUCAUUUUAUCAUGGCUAAUGUUUUUUUUAAUUUCAUCUCUGAUGUGUGAGGUUCAAAACUUUCAGUUGAUCUUCUAUUGCAGCAGCCGAUUGAAACAAUGGUUUCAUUUGAUUUGUCUUUUUUGUUUUCAAUUUUCUCUUAAAUAGUAGUAGUAUGAAGUGUUUGAUGGUUUAUUGAUUGAAUUGAUUUGUAUAUCAUUAUCAGCAUGACAUGUUUGGUAACUCAUUAUAAAGGUUUAUUGACCCCUUUAAUCUUUUUUUGAGGCAUUAAUCAAUUCAAUCUUAUAACUUACAAAUUCAUUUAUCUCUUGAAGUAUUCCUGUUGAGUUUAUAUUCAAGCCCUAAAGAAUGAAGUAUCAUGGAAUUUUAGUCACACAAUUUUUACAAGCACUGUAAUAAGUAUCAUGAGAACAAAAUAGUGUCAUGGUAUGUCAUGGUUUUCUAUUGUACUUUCAAGUUCAGCUUGCAGUUAAGUUUUCUCAAUUUUUAGUUCUAUUAUAGUUUAUUUAACUUUAUGUCUUUUGGGGGUGUUUGUUUCAAGGUUAGAAAUAAUAUUCCUGGGAAUAUAUGGGUUGGAAUAAAUAUACCCAUGUUUGUUACAAGGUUGACAUGAAAUUAUUCCUGGAUAUGAAGUUUCCUUGGAAUAAAAUAACUUCCAAUAACUUCUCUUAUUCCCAUGAUUUUAUUCCCAAGGAAAUGGGUGGGAAAGAAAAGUUCCCAUGAAAAUGGUAAUACAUUUUAAAUAACUUCCAAUAACUUCUCUUUUACCCACUUUUAUCAAUAAUUCCUAGGAAUGUAGUUAAUAUGAACCAAACAUGUUUUUUCUAAAAUACUUGGGAAUAAAGUUCCCAUUAUUAUUUCCUGGGAAUAUGAUUCCUGGGAGUAAAAUUAACAACCUUGAAACAAACGCCCCCUUUGUUUUCUUGGUUUGCAGGCUUUUCCUAUCUCCAAAUCAAAUAAUUACAAUAGUUUUGGGUAAGUUUAUUUGAAGGUUGAUUUCAAUAAAUAAAUAUAAGUGUUAGUGUCCAUUACUAUAACUUAUUGAUUUCAAAGUUCAUGAUUGUAAGUAUUACUCAUAAUGAAAUAAUAAGGAGGUAAAACCUUAAUUUACGGAAAUAUUUUAAUGUGUAGCCAAAAAUCAAUAAGAAACCUAGCAGCAUCAGUAGUGGGUAGUUUGAUCAUUGAUAUUAGUAGCAUAGGAAUGCAUGGCCUGGAGAAGAAGCAUGAUGACUGGCCUAUGUACGUUUCCCGUGUUUGUAGUUUUGACCGUGGUUUUUUUUAUUUACUGGAGUACAGCUAAUUUAUAUUAUUUUGAUUUAUAGGCCCCUAUUUCAGUAGGGCAGACUUCGCUUCUUUCUAUUAGCUGAGAAUCCAUCAAAUUUGUGAGUUUCGUUCUACAAAUGCAAGUUUUUUUUUUUGUGGUUCUAAUUUUAAUAUAGAAAAUUAUCAGAUGAAAUUAUCUUUAGUUUUAAGUGUAGCUUUUGUGUAUUCAGUCUGAUGUUAGCGAGGAAGAAUAUAUAUUGGAAAGUUAGUGCAAGGAUGAGGAAAUAAACAAAUGAAAAAGUAAGUGGAAGUGAGGAUGAGAACAAAGUAAUUGAAAGGAUUAGUUUUCUUUGGAUGUAGCUAAGUCGCUUCCAAUUUUGAAACUAGAGGAAUUCACUAUAUCAUAAAUUAAACUUGCACAUUUAAUAAAAUCUGUUUAUGAUCCAUUAAGUUUAGGCAUAUACAUGAUACUUCAUACUUGAUUUGGUGUUGUGGCUACUCGACAUAAGUGUGCUCUCUUCUUUAAUGUGUCCUUUGUUAUAAGAAUCAGGUGUAUUUAUUCCAUACUUUUAAAUUAUAACCUGCAUUGGCUUAGAAUGACACAAGUCAUUAGAUUGCUCUAAUUUAUUCUAUUUUGUGAGAUUUUGACUCUGAUUCAUGGCAGAUAACCUGACACAAGUUAACUAUGAAAUACUGUCAGACAAAAAAAUUCCACAUCUUUUGGCAAUGUUCAGCUGGUUUACAAGGCUUUUUCUUCGUCAAGACUCUCAAAAUCAAAUCUCUUCCCCCAUCAACACUUUUCCAUGCUUUAUUGGUGCACCUAUAUAGUAGGUAUGCUUUUUGAGAAGAUAGAAUAAGACACUGAUGCACAUGAUAAGAACGUUGAGGGAUAAGGAGAAGAAAAAGGAAUAGAAUGGUAAAACUGAUGCAAAGUAUAGGGAGGAUCGUGUAAUGUACAUAUAUGCUAUCAUACAUUUAAAACCACACAUUCAAUUUGUUGACUCUAUAUUUGAAGAGAUUAUUAUGCAAUGGCUUAAAUUUUGAA